AUGUCGCUUUGUCCGGGGGCACGUGACGCAAUAAAAUUGAAACCGCCACUAAAAAUAGCCUUUAUAGCGGCACGAGCAUACCGCAGGGAGCUGAUAAAUAUGCCGCCGGGCGACACACGAUGGGUGGAGGCGUUAAAAGUGUGGAAGCGGUCAAAACAUUUGUGUGUCAGCGAGUUGGUAGUGAUCGGACGUGGUCAUGUGUCGCCAGAGGGCGCGGCCGAGAGACGGCCGGCGGGCGGAAUGCACCCCGCGUUGGUAUCAGUGCGC